GGUUAUUUCCAAACUCCGACGUGCAUACGCGUCGUUCGAACAUUUGCAGCAGUUUCGUAGCGUUUAUAAUGUCGGUCGACCUCACUAGUACUAGUGGUCGAACCAUCCUUGCCUUCAAGGCUGGUCGUGCUUUUCGACGCGCUGGAACCAACUUCGUCGAUGCCUCCCCCACCAAAGGCGCGAUUGUCUUGACCAAUGAGGAAGGUCUCAUACACUUCAUGUGGAAAGACCGAACGACAGGGGAAGUGGGCGAGGAUUUAAUAUUGUUUCCUGGUGAUGCAAAGUUGGAAAAGGUCCCCCAAAGUAGUUGGGGCAGGACCUAUGUCCUUAAAUUCGAGAGCUCCGAUCAAAAACAUUUCUUCUGGUUACAGGAUGCUUCGACACGCCGCGAUGAAGAAUUCGUGACGAAUUUGAACAGAACGCUAGCUGAUCCCAAUAUUAUCGCUAUCUGGGACGCGCGCAACGUUUAUCCAACUUCGGAAGCAUCUACAUCUGCUACUGGUGCAUCCAUCUCUCCACCCUCAACUGUACAGCCAGUCAUUCCAGCGACUAGUAAUCCCACGCCAGCGGGUACUACCCCAGAACAACUCGCGCAACUUCGUGGAAUUGUUAGCUCUAUGACUGGCUUCACGAGUGAAGAUGAACUUUGGUUGACAGACGUCUUGUCCUCACAAAAUUUGCUUCAACUUUUCCAAUCACACCCUGAACUCCUCUCAUCACUCUUCCCUCAUCUUCCACCCGAACUUAUCCCAUCGUCAGACGCUACGCCGCAACAGGCAGUAGAAAUAUUACAGCGCACGACUAAUUCUCCACCUUUCCGCUUGGCUGUGGCACAGCUUGAUCGAGCGCUUCGCACGGGUGCCCUUGGUGAAUUUGUGAGGAGCCUUGGUCUUCCGGAGAGUGCUGCGAUGGGUGUUGGCGCGUUCCUAGCUGCUAUAGCUGAACAAGCAAGACAGGAAGGCGGUACUGAAGAGCGGAUGGAAGAGGAUUAGGGAGUAUGAGUGUCGAUCGGACUGUUCUUUUAGUUACCGCUGUCAUUCCAAGCGCACUGAGAUUCCUCAGUAUUGGUGUGCAAGCUUAUACAUUUGCCGUUUUGUUC